GUCAGAUUUCACUUCUUAUUCCAUUAAAACGUUAUUUUGCAGAGGUGAAUCAGGUACCACUCUGUUUCCUUCUGAAAAUCACGGUUGGGAUUGUCACAUGAGGAAUGGAGUUCGUGGGCAGGACUUUGAAGAAACGAUUUCGAGGGUUUGGGACUUUCUCUGGUGUUGUUGAAUCGUAUGACUCUGAUUCUGGGCUUUUCAAGAUUAUUUAUGAAGAUGGUGAUUCUGAAGAGAUGGAGCUUGGCGAGGUUGAUUCAAUUUUGAAGGGAAUCGAUGUGGGUGAAGCUGACGAACCCGUAGAGAAGAGAAGGCGUGGGCGUCCGAAGAAACGACGUCGGAGAGAGGCUGGAGCCGCAGUUCGUGAUGGUUCAGGUAAUUCUGCUGAUAGUUUAGUGAAUGAUCGUUGUUCUGGGGAGGGGUCUGAAGAUGCCCAGAUGAAAGGUGAUGUGAGUUGUGGGGGAUUUUCUAGAAACUUAGAGAAGGAAUGUGAGUUGGGUGGGAAUUUGAAGGAGAGUGUCUCUGCCAACGCUAACUUAAGCGAAAGUGUUUCUGGUAACGGGUUUUUAAGGGAAAGUUUUUAUUCUGAUGGGUUGAAUCCAAAUGUUCUUUCUGAUGAAAUUUUGGAGAAAAAUGUUUAUUCUGAUGAUAAUUUAAAGGGCAAUGUUCCUGUUGGACCUGCAAAAGGAGUCCAGAAGGUAAGAUUUGCUUUUGAUUUGAAUAAUUUAUUUCUUGAAGAAACCGAGGUGGAGAAUAAUAUUUCUGGAGGAGAUUUGGUAAAUAGUACUUCUGUUGAGACAAUUGAAGAAACCCAGAUGAAGGCAUUUUAUGCUGAUGGGAAUCCUAGAGAAAUGACUUCACAUGGAAGUUUGAAGGACGGAAUUUGUGGAGCUACGGAAGAAACCCAUGUGAAUUAUAGUACUGGUCUUGCGGACCAAGUGAUAAAGAAUACUUGUUUAGGGAUGGAUGAAGGAGUUCAGAAGGAAGAUGCUGGUUUUGAUAGAGAACUGGAGAGGGAAGCUGUUCCAGAAGGUUUAGAAUCCACCUCAGUAAAGGGCAGUGAUUUUUCCAUGCUUCAAUUGGAGGAGUAUAGUUCUCAUGCAGGUUCUGCAAGCAAGGGGAGUGAAAAUGAUUUGGGAUGCCCAAAUAAGGAGGAACCUAGUCAGAAGAAAAGAAGAAGGCUUUCUGAAAAUUUUAAGUCUACUACAGAAACUCUGUUGAGAAGGAGUACCCGCAGAGCAAGAGCUGCUGUCUCUUCUACGAAACAUGCCUUGAUCAUGGAGGAGUUCCAUGAAACUGAUACACCUGCAGUGAACAGUGUAUCAGAUGAGAAGCCCGUUAGCCCAGGUUUUAGUGGACUCGUAGAGCCAAGCCAUCUUCCUCCAAAGCUGGCACUACUGCCUUCGUCAAAAAAUCUGAAUUUGGACGAGAUUCCUAUUCUUGAUCUUUUCUCUGUUUACUCCUUUUUGAGGUCAUUCAGUACUUCACUUUUUUUGAGUCCCUUUGACUUGGAAGCUUUUGUAGCAGCAGUAAAAUGCAAGUUUGCUAAUUCGCUAAUUGAUUUUAUUCAUUUCUCUAUCUUGCAAACUCUGAAACUGCAUUUGGAGUUUCUUUCUAAGGAGGGCCCUGAAUCUGCUUCGGCUUGCCUGAGGGUUCUUAAUUGGGAGUUUCUGGACCUAAUUACAUGGCCUGUUUUUCUGGUUGAGUACCUACUAAUUCGUGAUUCAGAAUUAAAACCUGGUUUUGAUCUAUGUCAAUUGAAGCUUAUGGAUGACGACUACUAUAAACUGCCUGCAGCUCUAAAGGUUGAGAUACUUAGGUGUUUAUGUGAUGAUGUCAUUGAAGUGGAAGCCAUAAGGAUGGAGCUUAAUAGAAGAAUGCUGUCAUCUGAGCUUGAUUUGGAUAUUGACAGGAAUGUAAGUUUUGUGGGUAACAAGAAGAAGAAGGACCCAGUUGAUGAUUUGGGUGGUUCUUGCUUGACUCAGGAGAUGGUUGAUGAAACCAAUGACUGGAAUAGUGAUGAAUGUUGUCUCUGUAAGAUGGAUGGAAGCUUAAUAUGCUGUGAUGGUUGCCCUGCUGCUUAUCAUUCAAGAUGUGUAGGAAUUUUAAAGGAUCUUCUGCCAGAGGGUGAGUGGUACUGCCCUGAGUGUGUGGUAGGCAAACGUGACCUCCAGAGAAAGUCACCAAGAUCUCUCCGUGGAGCGGAACUUCUAGGAAUUGAUCCUUAUGGACGGGUAUAUUUUGGCAGCUGUGGCUACUUGUUGGUGUUUGAUUCAUGUGACACAGACUGUUCAUACUAUUAUUACCACAAGAAUGAUUUGGAUGCCAUUAUUGAAGUCCUCAAAUCAUCAGAAAGUCUUUAUGGUGAAAUAAUAAGAGCAGUCUCCAUGCAUUGGGACAUAUCUGUUAAUCCAAGUGGAGCUAAAGGUCACUCCAACUUACAGUCUCUUGCUGCAUGUACUGAUGUGGAAAUGGAGCCUCAAAGCUGUGCCCUCCAUUUGUCCUCAACUAUGCCAGUUUUAGAGAUGGAAGAAAUUAAGAAAGAGGCUAUUGAUGAAAGGAAGCCAAAUGAAAAUGGUGUUAAUAGCAUUACAACUGAAAGUUUUCGUCAGCAUGUUUUGGAUUCUGUUAGCCAGGUUGAUUCAGUAACCAUGAACAAGUUUAUAGAGAUGGUAAGUCCAUUUGCAAGCUCUGAGGGCUCUGCAGAUAUUUCGAAUGCUGCUGCAGGCAUUCAGGUGUCUCAUAAACCUGAAUUAGAUUGCUCUGAUAAAUCUGCUUCUACUACAGUUGCAUCUGAAAUCCCUGAAAAGGUCCACUGUUCUAUUGGAACAGAUACCUUGCAACAUGUUGACCAUAUUAAACAAGAGACUAAUUUGGAAUCUGCUCUCCCUGGACCUACAUCAUCCUUAAUUAAUCCAAGAGAAGGGAUGGUAGCUCAAAUGCAGUUUGAACCUGGUUGUUAUGUUAACUAUUACUAUUUUGCUCGGAUUGCAGCAUCUGUUGCUGAAUUGCUAAUGCGUAAAUCAGCAGACAACAUAAAUGAUGACCCCAAAAGAUCUGCUGAGGAAAUAAUUUCUGCACAGUUAAAGAUCAUUUGUAAAAAGUCAUCAAAAUUUGGUUGGUCAACUAUGGAGCAGUUAUAUUUAAAUGGACAGGAAGAAAAUUGUGGUUGGUGCUUCUCUUGCAAAAGUCCAUCUGAAAGUGAGAGCUGCUUGUUUAACGUGAGUUCUCCUGGAAGUCGUAAAAGUGAGGCAGUUGGUCUUUGUUCUAAGAGAAACCGGAAAAGCCAUCUUAUUGAUGUCAUUUGUCAAAUUCUCUUCAUUGAAGAACGUUUGCGUGGGCUUCUAUCAGGCCCAUGGCAGAAUCCGCAUCAUAUUAAGCUGUGGCGCAAAAGUGUUCUUAAAGCAUCGAAUGUUGCAUCAGUGAAAUGUCAGCUACUCAAUUUGGAGUCAAAUUUGCGCCGGAUUGCACUAUCAGCAGAGUGGUUAAAACAGGUGGAUUCUGUUGUUACAAUGGGUUCAGCUUCACAUGUCUUGGCAACUGCAGUAAAUGUUUCCUCUAAGCAUGGGAUCAGCAAAAAACGAGCCAGAUUUUUGGAUGCUGAUUCCAACUCUUAUUCAAUUGCUGCUGCCAAAUCAGGUAUCUUCUGGAGGGGUGGAAAGCUGUCACGCCAAGUUUUCCAUUGGAAGGGCUUGCCUCGCUCCUUGGCCUCCAAGGGAGGCCGACAAGGUGGCUGUAACAAGAUACCGGGAAUAUAUUAUGCUGAUGGUACAGAUUUAGCUAAGAGAAGUAGAUACAUUGCUUGGCGAGCUGCUCUCGAGAUGUCGACAAGUGUCCCACACCUUGCUUUGCUGGUUAGAGAGCUUGAUUCGUAUAUUAGAUGGGAUGAGCUUGAGAACAAUAAAGUUCUUUCUCUGUUAUCCAAGGAAUCUAGAAAAUUAAUGAGGUCAUUCAAGAAGGUGACUAUACGCAGGAAGUGCGUGGAAGCAUCACAGGUGAAGUAUCUUCUGGAUUUUGGAAAGAGAAAAAGUAUUCCUGAAACUGUCAGCAGACAUGGAACCAUGCUUGAAAUAUCCUCUAGUGAGAGGAAGAAAUAUUGGCUGGAUGAGUGUCAUGUUCCUUUGAAUCUCUUGAGGGCUUUCGAAGAAAGAAAACUAGCUCGGAUGGCCAAUAAGAAGAGUCCAGCAAAGCUUCCUGGUGAGGGUGGCAGAGUAAUGAAACCCUCCAAGAAAAGGGGACUCUCAUACCUUCUAUCGAAAGGAGAGAUUCCUGAGAACUACCAGUGUGGCCACUGUAACAAAGACCUACCAGUGGGGGAAGCUGUAAGUUGCCAUUACUGCAAAGGCUUUUUCCAUAAAAGGCAUGUCAGGAAGUCUGACAGGGCCAUUACUGCCAACUGCAUGUAUACAUGCCACAAAUGUCAGGAUGUGAAAGUGAAACAUACAAAGAUUAAAAUGGUGAAGGUAAAAAAGAGACCACAAAAGAGUAAAAAGGCCCCCAAAGAUGGACCAUUGGAACAGUCAUCGGACAGUAAGAAAGCCACCACAGGGGGGAUGUCGCUACGGCCACGAAACAAUGAUAAAUCUACCACAGAUGCAAGGUCAGUACGAUCUCAGAACAAUAAAAAAGCCUCCAAAGAUGGAUCUCCUGUAGAUUCAUGGAAUUGUAAAAAACCUUUGACUGACAGACGUUCAGUGCGGUCAGGGAAAAGCAAAAAAAUCUUAAGAGUUGGACGGCCAAAACGUGCAGUCAAGAAAGUGAAAUAUGCAUUGUUGCAAAGUAAAAGGCUUGGUGUAUGCAAAAAAGGGAAACAUGUCCAAUCUAAAAAUGAAAUAUCCAAUAACUCUGUUAUAGGCAUUUGCUGGCACAAGAGAAAGAGAACAGAGGUUUGUCAUGCUUACUGGCUAAAUGGUCUUCGGUUAUCUCGUAAAGUGAAUGACGACCGUACAAUUCCUUUUAAAGAAAGGAAACUUAUUCUUCCAUCCAAAAACUCAAGUGCUGCCAAUAUGCAAUACAAAUGCUGUCUUUGUAGUGGAGGAAGAUAUGCAUCCACAAUAAUCUAUAUUGGUUGUGAAAGCUGUGAAGAUUGGUUUCAUGGAGAUGCCUUUGGUCUUACUGAGGAAAAACUUGGCAGUGUUCUUGGAUUUAGGUGCCACAGAUGCCGCCAGAGAAAUCCACCUCUCUGCCCAUAUUUGCAAGAUGCAAUGGUUCAACUACAUGAUGUUAAAAAAGAUGUAGAGAUGCAAUAUAAUGAGGAUGUAUCUGAUGCUGGCCUUUUUCUGAUUGGGGGCGAUGACAAAGUGAAGCCACCACAUACAAAUUCUCCAUGUUUGUUACAUAUGCAUGCAUCUACUCAUGAGCAGAAAGCAGAUGCAAUUGCAGAUUCUGAUCAGAUUAUUAUGGUGGAUUGUUUGAUGGAAUCAAAAGAAGGGCAUGCAUUUGCCAGUAAUGAUCGGAAAGAAGAUAAAAUUGCAGAUUCUAAUGAUAUGGAGCAGAAAGCAGAUCCAGAUUCUAAUCAUACUCUUCUGUUGGAGUGUAAAACUGAAUCAGAAAAGACAAAUAUUUUUUCUGAUGAAUUGCUUGUUAGAGAAGGGCAUCCAUCUUGCAGAUUUGGUGAGAAUGUAAUAGAAACAGAGGUGGAGUCAUUAAGAAAUAAUAAAGUGGAAACAGUUUUGGUGGAGAUGACAGCCAGCUCAGAGAUGAUGCUGGUGGCUGGAACACUUGGUGACUACAGUGAGUUGCCCGAGCAGAAAGUGGAUGCUGUUUCAGAUUUUAAUCAGACUCUCAUAUUGGAUUGUGAAAUUGAAUCAGAAAAACAAUAUUUCAUUUCUGGUGAAUUGCUCAAAUCUGAUGAUAAUGUAAUAGCAACAGCAGUGUCAUCUUUAGGAAAUAAUGAGGUGGAAGAUGUUUCAGCAGAGAUGGUACCCAGCUCAGAAAAAGUGCUGGUUGCUAGAACACUUGAUGACUCCAGUGGGUUGCAUAACACAACGACUCUGUCAUCAAUUGAACUAUUGGAUACCAGAGAAAACAAAGUGUAGAUUGAUUUUUUUGUUCUAAAUAUUUAACAAUUUAUCUUGC